AUGAAGCCGUGGCGGCGGCGCGCGGGCUGCUCCCGCGGGCCGACGGGGCUCCGCCGCAAGAAUGUCGACCUCGACCUCCGGGCCCUCGUCGAGGCAGGCGGGCAUGGCGCAGGCAAGGUCAUCCAGCGCGCAACGUUGCAGGCGCUGGAGGUUGGCGGGCCCAGGGAGGUGAGCACGGAGGGCGAGCCCGCCCCCCAGGGGGGCGGAUCUGGUGUGAGGAUCAAUGGGGCGAAGGGCGCCGUGGGUCUCCUGGCGCUCAAGAGGGUCUUCGGGCGAGAGCCGCAGAAGCGACCCGCCCGCGCGUGCGCGGUGGCUUCGGGGGAGUCGCCGGCGGCGCAGGGUCAGCGCGUCCGUCGCCUAUCAGUCCAGGCUCUCGCUAGGGCGCCCUGCGGGCGUGGCGACGCAAUGCCAGCUGAUCGCUGGCAUAUCCACAGGGCCCUAGCAGGGCUCAUGAGCGAUUCAUUCUGGGGAUGUGGCGCGCCUUUUGUGGACCUUGCAACGCUUGCCGCAGACGACCUCCGCAUCCCAUUCAAGGGUGCGACGAUCGUGCGCCAGGAGCCCUUCGCGCUGCCCGAGUUCCGCGCCGCGCGCUGUGGUGGGCGACCCGGGCCGAGGGUAAUCAUCGACUGGUGGCGGCGCAACUUCCUCGAGAACUCCCUGAGGGAGGUCUUCUGCGAGUGUGCCGUGUCGCAGAGAGGCCGUUCUUGGCUCAGGGCCGACGAGCUGCUGGAGCACGGGGUCUCCCACGAGGUGCCGUCGCUGGUGGGGGGCGCCGUUCGGCGCAUGGCGUCGCCAGACGGCCGCGGCCAGGCCUGCGCUCCCGGCGUGGUCGGCGCCGACGACCGCCCCAGGACCCCCAGACUGGGCGCCGGCCCCGAGGGAGACCCCCUGGCGGGGCCUGCCGCGCUCACCUCCGCCGGGGGGUGGGACUCGGCCGACGCCGCGGCGCCGCUGCGCCAUGCCGAGCACGGGGUGCCGCGCGAGCUGCUCGCCCUCGUCAAGGGGUCCAUCAAGCGCAGGCACCUGGCCGCCGCGCCGCCUGCCCUCGGGCUCUUGUUGAGUGCUGACGGCCCUGGGUCUGGGGCUCCCGCGUCGCCCGCGCCGGAGCUCUCGUCGAUGGCGGCCGGGGCCGUCCCCUCGACCCGGCGGCUCGGGGCAGAGCGCCCGGCCCUCGAGGGGUGCGGCCGCGCCGCCGUGUCCGCCACGGCGACGUUCUCUAGUCAUGACUCUGGCAAGCGUGUGCAGUCCUCGGAGGCCUUCGAGUCCACCUCGCCGGUGGUUUUGAUGUGCAGGACCGUGCCUGUCUCUGUGUCUCAGCCUGAACGUGUUCGGCUCGUGUUGGAUGCGCUGUCAAGGUCUUGCGUCUGCCAGCCCGUGGGUGCCUUCGCCAUUCUUUUUGCUAUUGUCAGUUUCUCGCUCCGCGUGUUGUUUCAGGAUGCCGAGGGCGCCACGGAGUGCGUGGCGCAUUCGUCGACGGAGAUGGCGGCCACCAAUCCGGUGGAGGAGCUCUACAGGCGGCCCCAGCCAUGA